CAAAAAAAAUGCAACAACAAUCAACAGAACCAAUCAUUCUCGGAACAGAGGAAUUAAAGAAAAAGUGGGACGAAUUUUCCAAAAUAUUUCAAGAAUUGUUAGAACCAUCCACCAACAUUACUGCCUACUCUUUAGUGUCCUUGUUGGGCAUCAGAGAGCAAAAUGAUAAAGUUUUAAGAAUUUUAGAUUUAGGAUGUGGAGGCGGAGGUGGCUCGUAUUUGAUCGCUUCAUCAAUGCACAAGGAUGGUCAUUUGACUUCUUUAGAUUUAUCAAAGGAAAUGAUUAAAUUAACAGAAGAAAAAUGUCAAGUUCUUACUCAAGCACCAUUUAAUAGAAAGAUUGAUUAUGUGGAUGCUUCUGCUGAGGAAUUGCCUUUCGAAGAUGAAACUUUUGAUGCUGUCUUUUCUAAUUAUUGUUUGCAUCUUGUUCCAAAUCCUGAUAAGGUACUUUCCGAGGUGUCAAGAGUUUUGAAAAAGUCAGGACGUGCCUGUUUUUCAGUUUGGGGAAGACCAGCAAACUCUCCACAAUUUACUGUUGUUCCAAAAGUUAUUAUGGAAUGCAAGAAGGAAUGGGGAAUGGUUGAUAACAAGCCACCUGUCAGAAGUCCAUUCCAUCUGCACAAUAGAGAUCAAUUGAGAGAACGUGUCUUAUCUAGAGGAUUCAAAACUUGUCUUUCUUGGUAUCAAUUCCAACCAUUCCAUGCUCUCAAUGCAAAGGAAUUCACUGAACUCAAUGUAGGAACUCCAGAUAUCAGAAAUCUUCUCCAAACUGUCUCUGAAGAACAAGUUCAACAAUUCAAAACCAAGAUGGAAACCUACGCUGAUGAAAUUUAUCAAAGUAAUAAUCCAAUGGGUAAUGAAGUUACUAUUGUUAUAGCCACAAAGGAAUAAAAAUUUAUCUAGUUUGCUUUCU